GUGUGAACUUCAGGCAUGCAUCGCGAAAUAUUCAACAGAUUCCUACAUAACAAAACCAUGGGUGAUGCAACAGAAAUGUUGAAGGAAGUGGGAGUUGAAAGUGAAGAGCCUCUGUUCGGGACUCUGGACAUUGCUCUGUUCCUCGCCCUGGCUGGAGUCGGCUUUUGGUGGCUGAUGAAAGACAGGCAGAGCAAAUCGUCCCUCAAAGAUAAAUCAUAUACAAUACAGCCUAUGGCAAUGAGCUCUAUGCCGCAGAAUACGGACAACUCUUUUAUCAAGAAAUUGAAAGCGAGUGGAAGGAGUCUAAUAGUAUUUUAUGGAAGCCAAACAGGCACUGGUGAAGAAUUUGCAGGUCGUAUCGCCAAAGAGGGCAUUAGGUAUAAGAUGAAAGGAAUGGUCGCAGAUCCUGAAGAAUACGAUAUGGAAGAUCUCAUGCAGAUGAAAAACAUUCCAAAUUCAAUGGCUGUAUUCUGCCUCGCUACAUAUGGAGAAGGUGACCCUACAGAUAAUGCGAUGGAUUUCUACGAGUGGCUGCAAAAUGGAGAAGGCGACCUGACCGGCUUAAAUUAUGCAGUUUUCGGGCUUGGGAACAAGACGUAUGAGCAUUACAAUGAAGUCGCAAUUUAUGUAGACAAGCGACUUCAAGAGCUUGGAGGGACUCGAGUCUACCAGCUCGGCCUCGGCGAUGAUGAUGCAAACAUUGAAGAUGACUUCAUCACUUGGAAGGACAAAUUCUGGCCCACAGUCUGCGAGUAUUUCGGUAUCGAGGGGGCCGGUGAAGAUGUGUCCGUACGACAGUACAAACUGACCGAACACAUCGACAACAUACCAGAGAGGGUUUAUACUGGCGAAGUGGCAAGACUCCAUUCCCUAAUAAACCAAAGACCGCCUUUUGAUGUCAAGAAUCCAUAUUUAGCUCCAGUCAAAGUCAAUCGUGAGCUUCACAAAGGUGGGGAUAGAUCUUGUAUGCACAUCGAGUUUGAUAUUGAAGGAUCUAAAAUGAGAUAUGACACAGGUGAUCAUUUGGCUGUUUACCCCAUGAACAAUCUUGAUCUUGUCGACAAGCUUGGAAAGCUUUUAAAUGUGAAUCUGGAUACAAUCUUCACGCUGACCAACACAGACGAGGACUCGAGCAAGAAGCACCCUUUCCCAUGUCCUUGCUCAUACAAGACCGCUUUGACUUAUUAUAUCGAUAUCACGUCCAACCCUCGCACGCAUAUCCUCAAAGAGCUCGCCGAAUACGCUUCUGAUCCAAAAGAGGCUGAAAAGCUCAAAUUGAUGGCGAGCACGUCAAUCGAAGGAAAGCAGAUGUACAACCAAUGGAUCAACCAGGACAACCGUAAUAUCGUGCAUAUUCUAGAGGAUAUGCCAUCUGUAAAGCCUAAACUCGACCAUAUCUGCGAAUUAUUACCAAGACUUCAAUGCCGCUACUACUCAAUUUCAUCAUCUUCUAAAGUAUAUCCAACGUGUGUACAUAUUACGGCAGUUAAAGUUGAGUACGAUACGCCGACUGGGCGAAGAAAUGAAGGCGUAGCGACAAGUUGGUUGGGCAAAAAGAUUCCAAACGACUCCAACUCGCUUCCUCUUGUUCCUAUAUUUAUUAGGAAAUCCCAGUUUAAACUCCCGACGAGAACAAAUACACCUAUCAUCAUGAUAGGACCGGGCACAGGUCUGGCACCUUUCCGUGGUUUUAUCCAAGAGAGAGCUUUAGCAAAACAAGAAGGAAAACCUGUUGGAGACACAAUCCUAUAUUUUGGAUGUAGAAAAAAAGCUGAAGACUUCAUAUAUCAGGAGGAACUCGAAGCGUUUGUUGAAAAUGGAAAUCUAAAAAUGCAUGUAGCAUUUUCUCGGGAUCAAAAAGAAAAGGUGUACGUGACCCAUCUUCUUGCCCAAAAUGCUGAUCAGAUAUGGAAUGUCCUUGGGGAGAACAACGGGCAUGUCUACGUCUGUGGCGAUGCGAGAACAAUGGCUCACGACGUUCACGGCAUUCUCUUGAAAGUCUUUCAAGAACAAGGCAAAAUGACAGAGGCCGAAGCCCAGGCCUACCUGAAGAAAAUGGAAGUGCAGAAGAGAUAUUCGGCAGAUGUCUGGAGUUAAACAAAACCCUGUUAUCCAACUACUUCAAGUGCCUACUACACUUAGAUCUACAUGACAAGCUGGGCCUUGUUUUUUUCUUUUUUAGUUUUUGUUUUAAAUGUACAUGACAGUCCGGCGUAUAUUUUUGUAAAUACAAGAAAGAGCCUGGUGACCAAGACUUGUGUUCCAGUUUUCAAUGUGUGUCUGUUCUGAUUCAAUACCAAUGUAUGUGAUAUAUUUUGUGAAUAUGCAGUCGUGUUAAGAAAACAAAUUCUUAUUUAUUGUUAUAUUUUGUCAAAAUACUGCGGUUUAAUU